AGUUGGUCUUGACACGAGGAGCAUGAAGCACAGCGUGACUGGUCUGUUUUUCGUUCUGUGCGUGCUGUGCGUCGCGAAGCAAACGGAGUGUUACAGGAUACUGGCCGUCGUCGCCACGCCGUCCUAUAGCCACCAGAUCCCGUAUUGGUCAUUAUGGCUGGAAUUGCACGAACGCGGCCACGAAAUUGUGCUUGUCACUCCGAACCCUAUACCGGGCAUCGAAUCUCCGAAUUUCACCCAGAUCGACAUUAGUAAGGGCUACGGUGUCAUGAAGGACAUCAACUUCGUGCAGCUGAGGCUCGAAGGGGCAACAUGGCACGACUUCGUGCUGGAACACUUGCUCGACAUAAACGAGGAUUCCGUCAGACAUGUGUUCGAAGCCCCGCAGAUGAAAAAACUCUACGCUCCAAACAGCAACGAAAAGUUUGACAUUUUUCUGACCGAGUUCCUCUACAUGCCAUCCCUAUAUGCAUUUGCGCACAGAUUUAACGUCCCCAUGAUAGCGCUGAGUUCACUAGGGAUGAUCACCCUAAACGAAUACAUCCUUGGCGGAUUGGUGCUCCCUUCUCACGAAUACACGUGGGAAAUGCAAGCGAACACGGGCCCAAAUUUACCAUUCACGAAGAGAUUGACGAAUUUCGUAGCCAUGUGGAGAUUGACAUACGUCUUGUAUCGCGACAUACUCCCGCUUCAUCAGAAAUUGGCAGAGAAUUAUCUUGGACCUUUACCACCUCUGGUGGACAUCAUGAAGAACGUUAGCGCGUUGUUUCUCGAUCAAUCCGACGUUCUGACACCAGCUCGACCGAAACUCGCCAACAUCAUCACGUUCACUUCCUUUCACAUAAACGAAAACCCGGAUCCUCUGCCGAAGGAUUUACAGGAAUUCGUCGACGGUGCAGACGCGGGCUUCAUCUACUUCAGCUUGGGUAGCAACGCAAGAAGCGCAGAUUUGCCGAUGGAACUUCAACGAAUGUUCUGCGAUGUGUUCGCCAAGUUGCCGUACAGAGUCGUGUGGAAAUUCGAAAAGGACCUAGUCGGGAAACCAAGCAACGUUUACACCGGCAAAUGGUUCACUCAGCAAACCAUCCUCGCUCAUCCGAAGAUUAAACUGUUCAUCACGCAAGGAGGUGUUCAAAGUACCGAGGAGACUAUUAACUUUGGAGUUCCAGCUAUUGUUAUUCCAGUGUUGGCUGAUCAAGAUUAUCAAGCAGCGAGGAUGGAUGCUCUUGGCAUUGGGAAACGUCUGGAACUCGCAACUAUCACGAAGGACGAAUUCGAAAAUGCUGUUCAAGAGAUGAUAACUAAUAAAGAGUACAAGAAGAGAAUGAUUAGAAUUCAGAAUCUUAUCAGGGACACACCAUACGAUCUCGUGAAAAAUUUAGCAUGGUGGACGGAGUACGUGAUCCGAUCAGAUGGUGCUCCUCAUCUUCGUUCCAGUCUGGUCAUGCAACCUUGGUACCAAUACUGUGACAUGGACAUCGUAGUAUUCUUGACGAUUGUUAUCUUCCUGAUCGUUUCAAACACGCUCAACCUAAUUGUCAAGUUUAUCAUGUACUCUUACAAGAGGUGGCAGCUUUCUAUACAUCAGAAACAAAAGAUAAGCUAAUCGAACGCACACAAUGACACCUAUCCGGCCAAAUGACAAAUAUUUUAUAC